AUGCUGCCAUCUUUGCCCUCGGGGGCCAAACUGGAUCUCUCCAAGGCCUUCUUCUUCUUCCUGCCUGGCUCUUCUCUUGUCUUCUCCGUCUCUGCGUCUAUCUCUCUGGCUGUCUCUCUGUAUCUCCGUCUCUCUGGCUGUAUCUUUUGGCUGCUGUUUCUUCUUCCUGCCGCCACCCUCAGGCAAAGCAAGCAUGUCCCAGCAGCUCUUCUCCUUUUGCUGCCCUCUGCUGCCCCUGUCUCCAUCCUGAUCAUCCUCUCUCUCUGUCUCUCUGUCUCUUCUCUCUGUCUCUGUCUUUUGUCCCCUUUCUGCUGUCUUUUCUGUAAGAAGAAGAAGAAGAAGAAGAGAAGAAGAAAGACAUCUAGCUGCUGGUUGCACUGCAGGCUUCACACCAGAAAGACUCUUCUUCCCCUUCUUGCCUGCCUGCUUCCUCCCAGCCGGCUCCCUCGCGUGUCCUCAGCCAUCGAAGACUCCAGACUCCAGCCAGACUCCAGACACCAGACAUCAGAGCAUCGAGAGCAUCGUCAGUCGAAGUCGCCAGCCAAAGGACUCGCGAUGGCCUCUGGCUCUGCUUCAGGCGCUGCCUCUGCCUCUGGCUCUGUCGCUGGCGAGAAGAAGAGCUCCGGCAUGGGCUUCUUCAGGGAGCUUCGCCGGCGCUCCAAGGCUGGGUUUCACUCGAAGCCGGCAGCAUCGCGAGCGCCCACCGUCCCCGUCCCCGUCUCCGUCCACGUCCACGCCUCGCCCUCUCCCUCGCUUCCCUCCAGCAGCGCCGGCGACUCCCUCGUCAAUGGCAGCAACAGUCCCGGCGGCAUCCUCGUCAAUGGCAACGGCAACAUCAAUGGCAAUGGCAAUAUCAAUGGCAAUAUCAAUGGCAUCUCAAAGACGUCGACCGCGGACUCGUCUGUCCACAGCAGCAGCGGGAACACCCCUCCGCCGUCCAUCAAGCCCUCGCUGCUCUCCUCCGGCCAUCUUCCCUAUCAGUCCAAGUCUGAAGGAUGGCUGCCGCCGCCGCCGCAGCGCACAGUGCCCAUCUCCUCGCAGUCGUGUCGAAACAGCAUGCUCGGCGUCAAUCCAAGCGCCGCCAGCUCGACCAAGAACAUCGCUCCCAGCUCGCCGCUCGCCCCCCGAGUGCUCUCGAUAUCCGACAACUCCUGGGUCAGUAGUGAGACAACCGGAAAGAGAAGAGAAAAGAUGCUAAUGGGUGUUGCUCUAGGUCAACCAGAAGCUGCUGCUGCUAAGACGCCCCUGGAUGGCAGCAUCGCCGUCCACCACCUCCAGGACGCCUCCUUUCCCGCCAUCUCCUGGCCGGUCCGCGCCUCUUGCUUCAAGGCCCUCGUCCACCUCGUCCCGGGGCCCAACCGGGUCCGUCUCGAGUACGUCUCGCCCAAGCAGGCCCCCUCGGCGGCGCCCCAUACCGCCUGGAUCAACGUCAACUACCUCCCGCUGGCCAACUCGCCGCCGCUGCAGCUCGCCAUCCUGCUCGGCUCAGACUCCCAGGCACACUACGACGCCGCGCCCGCCAGCAGCAAGAAGGCCGCCAACGACCUCGACCAUGCCGUCCGCAAGUUCCGGAUGGCCGCCUAUCUCUGGCAGGCCUUCACCGGCGAGCAGAUGUACAGACACAACUUUGGCCGCAGAUGCUUCCACUUCGAGGAAGAGUGGCAGACCGGCAGCCUCAGCGGGCGAGACCCCGAGAACAGCAUCAUGCGCAGCGAGGCAAAGGUCCAUAUCAUCCGCUGCGACCAGACCGUCCAGCAGCUGAGAGCUCUCAGCAGUGCAUCUUCUUCUAAUGCUACCUCUACUUCUACCGAAGACGGCCUGUUCAAGGUCGCCAUGGACGCUGUGCGCAAGUACUUUGACCUGCGUCCCGGAGAGCAGCGCUACGUCUCGGCCCUCUUGCUCGACACCCACUGGGACAGCAACACCAAGUCCCUGACGGCUCAUGCGGCCCUGGGAUCCUCGCAGUCCGCCGACCUCAAGCUCGCCCUGUUCGGCUCCCACGGCCUGCACAGCUACCCGGCCUGUCUCCAGGAUAUCGUCCCUUGCUUCUCAGACUGCGCCCGCACAGACACCGCCUACGUUGCCAACCACAACAACGAGUGCGGCAGCAACUGGGAGACCGCCAGCUCCUCGCUCGGCCGCCACCUGCACGAGGUCGGCCACCUCUUCGGCUGUACCGACUCUGACUCGGGAAUCAUGGGCUCCGACUACCUGCGUUUCAACCGGACCUUCAUGACCUGGGAGCCCUACUCGACUCGCACCAAGGAACAGGGCGCCCGUCUGCUCCUCCAGCCAGACGAAUGCCGCUGGAACCGUCUCGACGCCCUCAGAUUCCGCUUCCACCCUUGCUUCAAGAUGCCCAACGACCCCAGCUGUCCCUCCUCUGACAUCAUCCAGCUCUGGUCCGUCGACGGCGAGAAGAUGCUCGCCACCUCCAGUGCCGGCAUUGCCUUUAUCGAGAUCUUCACUGCCUCACAGACUGAUACCCCUGCUGCCUUUAUCGAGUACGUCGAUUCCAGCGCUGGCAACAGCGGCAUUCCAAAGGAAGCCAGCUUCACAGAGGCCGAGAUCAGAGCCCAGCUGCCCGACAGCGCCAGAAAGUCCAAGCUCAUCCGUCUACGCAUCUACUCGGGCUGUCUCUCCAUUCUCAACGUCUCAGACCUCUCCGUUCUGACUGCCAGCAAGGCCAAGGACUGGUGCGUCAAGAUACCCACCGUCACCGGCAGUGAACAGGUAAACUACCUUCCAUACAUGCCGGCAGACACUCUGCAGGGCUUUCUAGAGAAACAGGACGUCUUCUUCGAGACAAACAAGCCUGUCACUACGAUAAGAGUGUAUUCAACGGAGAAACCCGGCUCGGAUCCUGGCGGUUCGUCCAAGGCAACAAUUGCAGGCAUUGAGUUCCGCUAUGAAGACAGCAGCAGCCAGCUCUUUGGCUCCAGGGGGCAGGCCAUGAUUGACGACGAAUACACAAUUGGUAAGUUCUUCUCUUCUUCUUCUCUCUACUUCUUCCCUCUACUUCUCUCUACUUUGAUUAUAUCUAACUGCUUAGAAUCACGGCGAGGUGAAAUGAUGAUGGGCUUCCAUCUCCGCGCCGACAAAGACGGAGUACACGGCAUUGGGAUUCUUACUAGUUUCGGUAGACGGUCUGGCGUUUAUGGAUGUUCCAAGGCAACUCAGGGGUAUGUCCAUACCCCCCCUACUCCUACCUCGGUUUGUCAAUACUAA